AUGUCUUUGAAGAAAUGGGGAAGGAACCUGCUCAUUGUUCAGACUUAUGUGGAUGACAUCAUAUUUGGAGAUACAACUGACUCAUUAUGUGAAGAAUUUUCUAAAUUCAUAGGAAGUUUGAUAUGGAAGCAUCAAAGGGGAAUCAUUGGAUCUCUACUCUACCUUACUGCCAGCAGGUCAGACAUUGUAUUUAGUGUGGGAUUAUGUACAAGGUUCCAAUCAAAUUCUAAGGAAUCUCAUCCGAAGGCUGCUAAGAGAAUUCUGAGAUACUUUAAGGGCACACAGAACCUGGUUCUGUACUAUCCUUUAGGUGGCAAUUUCAACCUUAUUGGUUAUACUGACGCUGAUUAUGCAGGCUAUCUGGUGAACAAGAAAAGCACAUCUGAAAUGGCUCAUUUCCUUGGAUCAUGUUUUAGCUCAUGGGGUAUAAGGAAACAAAACUCAGUGGCUUUCUCAAUAGCUGAAGGAGAAUAUGUUACAGCUGCCUCGUGCUCAUUCACGUUGGAUCAAGCAACAAUUGGAAGAUUUUUGUGUAUACACUGA